AUGGGCAAGCUGCCGCGGCGGCGCCGGCCGGAAAGGUCGACGGCAGAGGUCGGCCGUAAUGGUUGGCCGCAAUGGUCGGCCGCAAUGGUCGGCCGCAAUGGUCGGAGGCGGCCCUCAACCGCAGAGGUUCUGAACUUUGAUGGCGACGUAGAG